CCACAGUUCUAUCAGAACCUGGGAGUGGUGUUUGUAAUGAUCGGUGGAGAGUCGAUCAUUCCGGUGAAAUGGGUGGCAAACGAGAAUGUUUCAAUGAUGAAAUGGGCGAGAAAGUUCGGCGCUGCUGCAUUUCAAGUGGAGCAUCGUUUCUUCGGUCACAGCAGACCGUUUCCGGAGAUGACCACCGAGGCGCUUGCCUAUUGCACUACAGAACAAGCGCUUGCCGAUCUCGCUGAAUUCAUCCGUCAAAUGAAUGAGAAAUAUAAGUUCCCGAGUCCGAAAUGGGUAACAUUUGGUGGCUCAUAUCCAGGUUCGUUAGCGGCAUGGUUCCGUGCUAAGUACCCUGAACUCACCGUUGGUUCCGUCGCAAGUUCAGCACCUGUGAACCUCAAGCUUGAUUUUUACGGUCAGUUCAAGAGGCUAAAUUUUGAAUUUUUUAAAGUUUCGCUUGAUUGA